UUUUUUUAAAAAGGUAGUGGAGAAGCAGGCAGUAAGGUUUUUAUGGGAGACAGAUUUCUUUAUGGAUUUUCAACUAGUUGAAGUCUUAUUUGCACAAAUCUCUAAAUUUCAUUAGUAUAAGGAAAUCCCUGUGAGGAAAAAACCUCUUUCCAACUUAGAAUUUGAGAGCCUUUCCAGGGAUUAGGAAGUUCAGUAAUUGGCCAGGGUCACAUGGCAGAGGAAGGACUGUAGCUGAGGUCUUCCUCACUCUAGUUUGCCCUAUUUGCCAUUAUUCUGUCCACUUUGAGGGAAUCCACAAAAUGGCAGAUAGAUGGGAGAUCAAACUGAAGUACUUUUAUUGCUGGCAGAGGCUGCAUCUUCUAACACAGUGAUGACAACACCCUUCAGUCAUAUGGUUUAAGUUCAUUUUUCAUUGAUGACACUGGGGUUCAGAGAUAUUGGGACUUGUUCAAGAUGCUGCUGCUAAGCUGCAUUGAGAAGGCUUGGUCAGAACCAGAGGAGAGACAAGCAUUUUUCUUGUUUUAGGUGAAGGUGAAUUUUCCAUCCAUUUUGAUUCUUGUUUCUUUCCCUAAUAGAGCUUUUAUUUUAUUUUCUUAAAAGUACAAAUAGUUUUUGAGUUUUGAUUUUCUUUUGAUAGACUAUUUUAAUGAACCUCAUUUUCAGUGAUUUCUUCUUGCAAUAAAUUUAGAAUUCAUUAGAAAAAAAGUAAUAUACUUGUUCUUCAAUUCUGAGAUAAAAAGGUAGAAGUAUCUCUGUAAUGAAAGCUAGAGCCACAUGGAUCUAACUUACUGGUUCCUUGUUGAAGAACCUGUGAAGCAGGUUCCAUCAAGUAGAGACUUCCAAGGGGACAAGUUUCAUUCUCUCAAUAUGAGCCCCCUAAAGAAGAGAGGAUGGUUAGGAUGAUGUGGUCAGUAACCAAAGACAGUGAGAAGACUGCCAGAAUGUAUCUUAUUUGUCUCUUUCUAGGCAAUUUUAAAGUCACUCAAAUUCUUGAUUACUGAACUUGGUUAGGGGAUAAAAACAUUCUUUAGAAUUGAGUGUUUUUCAUUUCUGUUAGUAUAUAGUAUUGAUACAGGUUCUAUAGAUUGUAUGCUAUAUUAUUUUGGACUUAAAAAAUUUAAAUAUGAAUUAUAAAUUUCCACAUAAGAAUGUGCAUACAAAUAAUCUCUUUUAUAUACUCAUUUCAAGUGCAUAGUAUAAUGUAGUUUUAAGCAUAAUACAGAUACUUAGAAGAUAUUUUUCAGAUGAGCUUAUUGACUAAUUUUCAUAAAUGUUUUUCUUUUUAAACAUCUAAAUAUUUUAUUAAAAAGCUAAGUACAUUAACACAACCAAUUAAACUUUCCUAAUUUAAACCAUUUACAUUUAAAAUAAUUUUGAAGCAUAAAUUAUAAUAGUUUUCCAGUUGCUUCCAAGUGUUCACGAAGGGUCUUUGUCCAUUCAUUCUCAUGUACUUUUCUUCUUGGUAAAUAUUUGUGACAAGGGUUAUUUCAUAUUUUCUGUCUCCUAGCACCUUGGCAUUGUGCCUGGCAUAUAGUGCAGAUACUUAAAACAUGUUUCUUGAUGUUUUCAAAGAUUAAUGUAUUUAUAUAUCAUUAUUCUGACUUUUGUAUUGUUGCAUUAUUUCAUAAAUAUUUCCAGAUUUCUUUGUAGUCUUGAAUUUAAUUGUAUUACAGUAGUAUUUCAUUGCAUUUAUGUAGCUUAUUAAACAUUAGAAAUGUUUUUCUCAUGGAAACUCAUGUUCUCUGUAUUCAUUCAACAAAUACUUAUGGAGUAAAUGUGUACAAAGCACUGUUGUAGGUGGCAUAAGAUUUUUAGACAAAAAGAUAAAUAAGCUGUGGUCCCUGAUGUUAUGGAACUGGUUAUAUCCCAGUUGUUUGACCUUAGAGCACCAUGUAAUCCUUUUCAAGGCUAUAUGUUAUAGACAAAUUAACGAUCUGUAUUGGUGGAAACAUUUUUUAUCUUGAAACUUCCCUGUGGUAAUGAAAUCACAGUUCUAGACCAAAAAAAAGUAAUGUUAAAAUGCAAUAAUAGGUAUGUUCAGUUUUUAACUGGGGGUGGGGGGAAGGGAAGACCUGAAUGCUUUAAAAAUGAUGACAUCAUCAACUAACAUGUAUAUUAGUUUGAUAAUUUUCUUUACAAAAACCCCAUAAGAUAUCAAGUGCUGUACUUGAUAUUUUCUACAAUGUAAUGAUGGUGCUCAAAAUCUUAUGACUUAAUGUCGUCAAUCCAGAAAAUUAAAAAAUAACCAGUAUCUCAUUUAAACUCUUUUGUUUGGUUCUGAGGAUCCCAACUUUUCUCUGUUCUGACUAAGAAGAGCCUAAUGGAGUGACAUUUAGCAUGUCUGAAGAGGCACUUAUUUUAUGACUUUCUAAAAUUAAAGGGUGGCAGGUACUUGGGGAAUGCCUUUUUAAAAUUAGGCAGCUGGCAUGUACAUUUUGAGAAAUGUUUAUUCGAAGGGGGUUUUUGUAACAAUGUAUUUCCAAUCUCUCUGCUGGAAGUAUGAUCCAUUCAAAUGAAGCUUUUGUUCUUCUUUCCUCAAAAGCUUAGAAAGAGACCUCCAGGAAGAGAAGGAACGGAUGCUGAAAGCCAAAGACUGGUGCACAUGGGACUGUGGGGUGCAAUAAUUCAAAAGCUUUACAAAUGACUGGCCAGAUCUGUUGGGAAGCAGGUUGGAAGUCUGACCGUGCACUAUUUACAUGCUUCUAAGAGCUAAUUCUGAAGAGAAGAACCUGGGGAAAAACUGGAUUAGAACUGGAGUUGGGAAAAUUGUUGUAUAAAUUACUUUGGGAGAAAACGGUUUAAUUUUCUGUUGAAGCUGUGACAUGCUCUCCUGUGAUUAAAUUUUUGUUUGAUCACAGCAGUUAAGAGUUGUUAUUUUGGAUAGGAUAAUUUUCGUGGAGGGUUUUGACUAACAGGAAACUUUCUGAAAUUAAUUAUCUCAGGUCAGACUUAAAUAGGUGAACAAAUUCCAAUAUGGUAAGAAGAGAUAAUGUUCCUUUUUCUUUUUUUUUUUUUUUCCUUAGGGGGGAGGAAAGAACCUAAAAAAACACUAAUAAUUUUUUUACUUAUAAGGUUCAUAAUUCAAAUAAGUGCUUUUUGAAACUGAAGACAAGUGGAAAUUGCUUUACAAUAUGAAAGGAGUAGUGGGAGUCUUUCCUUUGAGCGAGUCUGACUCACAGCUCUUCAGUGACCUGGGUUUUCCUUUAUUCUUAGUCCUUGGCCUCUGUGUCUAUUACAGAUAUAAAAAUGAAGUGUUGAAAAUUGCAUAUUUAAUUAAUUUCUCAGUGAAAAAUACAGAUAUAUCAAAACUCCAGCAAAAAUAGCUGUAAAAAGUAGCCAUUUCUAACAUUUCUCUUUGCUUUUUGUGAAGUAGUCUAUGGAAGUUUAGGGUCUUGGCUGUGACUAGUUGAGUGGUCUUAGUCAAGUCCCUUAUAACUUUUCUGGCCUUAUAGGGAUUUAUAGGAUCAAGAAGUAUAAAAGAUGGGAGGGACCUCUUCAGAUACUUUCAAAACCCCCUUUCCCAAUUUUAUAGAAAAGGACAUUGAUGCUCGUAGUGAUGAAAACUACUUGCUCAGGGUUAACACAGUAAGUAGCAGAGCUAGAAUUUGAUGAAGCCCAGGUUCUUUGACUUUACUUGGCUCUUUCUACUAGAUCACAAUUUUCCUUAUUCCUCUGUUUCUUCACCCUCCUCAACUCUAUAAUUAAGAGAUUCUGUAAUUACAUAAAAGUGUACAUAUAAUCUUUCCCUUUCUAUAAGUGCCAUAGGAUAUAGCAUAUGAUGCCAACAUAUACUAUUGUGAUUGUAUUUAUGAGUAAGUAAAUUGAAAAUGCAAAGUAAAUAAUACACCAUUGAAGAAAUUCUUGAAAUGACCACUACUUUUGCUUAUUAAAUCUGAAAUUGACAUAUACCACGGUUUCUUUGAGGUUUGCUAUUUUUCCCUGUUUGUAGCUUACUUUUCCUGAUGCCGGACUCAGCUUUGACCCUUUUAAAGUGGCUGCUCUGCUAAUUUGGCAAGAAGAUGGUGAGAACAGAGGCUUUUUUCCCCCUUUUCAUGUUUAGAAAGAGAUGGCCAGAAUAACUAGAACAGCAAAAUGAAACUUUUUUGCUAUGCCCAAUUCUUUUUUGGUGAAACUUUUUAGCUAUAAAGCAGAGAAAAUGUACCUGUUCUGGGUUUGUUUUAUGGGAAUUCUUAUUGUUGCAUUUGGUACUCUUUGAAGGAACAAAAUACUGGCUCUACUGCUCAGCAUUAUUCACUUAAUUCUAUUUUCAGGAGCCAGUGGUUUGUACCUAAAGAGACCACAUACAAUUCAGACUUUGCUGCUGACCAAACUUUAAGUUUCUAGGCUGCAUCUACAAUAAGCUCUAUCAACCCAUUCAGGUGGCUUUCCCACAGGCUUAAUUCUUCCAAUAGAUUCUCCGUUAUCCUUCUGACACAUAACUGGCCUUAUUGUUUCCUAUUUGAUUUAUCCAAAAGAUUCUAGAAACUGUUUUAAGAGGUAGCAAUGGGGUGGUAUAUUUAGUGGUCCAUGUUGGCCACCAAAUAGCUGUGUAAUCAUAGACAAAUCAUAUUACCUCUUAUUUUUAGCUUCCUUCGACAUAAAUGAGAGAAUUGUAGUAGUAUGUUUAUAUCUAAAGUCUCUUCUAGCACUUCUAUUUUCUGUUCUGUCCUCUUAAUUAAUGGAGAGGCACCGUGGACUAUUUGCUUUUAAAAAUAGGUUGUAGCAUGGAGCACAUGACUGUUUAAAUCAAGCUAAUUCAAAAUAAAAUCAAGUUUCUCAUUUAAAAAAAAUAAAUGAAAAUAGGUUGCCGUAUUGCUUCUCGUCUUAAAGGGAGGUACUAAAAAUUAAAUGGGCUACCGCUUAAUUUGAAUAGUAAAAAUAAAAUCUAUCCUUUAUUUUAAAUUUAUAUUUUAUUAGGACCAUCGAAUAGUGCACAAUUUCCAUAUCAUAUUUAUCUUUGCUGAUUUACCUAGUUGUUGUCUUGAAGGCAUUUUUUUUUUAGGGUUUGAAGGUGGAACUGUGUACACUAAAAUUUAUUCCAAUUCAUCAUUUUGAUAGGAGGCCCCUCAAUCUCAAUAUUUGAAGGCUAUUCUAGGAGACUAAAAACCUUUGUAGGUUCUGUGUGCUCAGAAGCCUUCAGGUCCAUUUCUGUGACAGGCUGAGUUGGCUGUCUGCAGAUCAGCUUAGUGGAGUAUAGAGGUUUUUACCAACAAAUUGGCCACUAGCUGAGGAAUUUCUUGAUUUUGGCAGUAUGUGAAACAAACGUGGUUUAAAAACAAGAGGGACUUGUACAUCCUCUUUUUUUUUUUUUUUUUAGUGAUAAUACUGAAAUGAUGGGAAAAGGGAUGAGUGCCAAGAAUGAGAGUUUAAAAACUGUAGCAGCAGGUGGUACAAGUGCAUGGAACCUUGGACCUGGAGUCACUUACAACUUCCUGUCUUAAGAGGAUCCUUGCACAUUGGUUAUGCUUAAGGAAAAAUGGAGGAGCUUUGAACCGGGUGCUGCAGCAGAUCCGAGUGCCCCCCAAGAUGAAGAGAGGCACGAGCCUGCACAGCAGGCGGGGCAAACCAGAUGCCCCCAAGGGCAGCCCUCAGAUCAACCGCAAAUCCGGUCCGGACAUGGCAGUCGUGGGGCAGUCGGGCCGGCCUCGGUCAUCUUCGACCACCGACUCGCCCACCAGCUCAGCUGCCGUGGAGAUAGCCUGCGCUGCCUAUCUUCCUGGGGAGGAGACCACUGCUGAGCGGAUUGAUCGGUUGGAAGUAAGCAGCCUUGCUCAGACAUCCAGCGCAGUGACCUCUAGCACCGACGGCAGCAUCAACACUGAGUCAGUGGAUGGGACGCCCGACCCCCAGCGCACCAAAGCAGCUAUCACCCACCUGCAGCAGAAGAUCCUAAAACUCACGGAGCAGAUCAAAAUCGAGCAAACAGCCCGGGACGAUAAUGUUGCAGAGUACUUGAAACUUGCUAACAACGCAGACAAGCAACAGACUGCUCGCAUCAAGCAGGUGUUUGAGAAGAAAAACCAGAAGUCGGCCCAGACCAUCCUACAGUUGCAGAAAAAGCUAGAGCACUAUCAUCGGAAGCUACGAGAAGUAGAGCAGAAUGGGAUCCCCCGGCAGCCCAAGGAUGUUUUCAGGGAUAUGCACCAGGGGCUGAAGGAUGUGGGGGCAAAAGUGACUGGCUUCAGUGAGGGGGUAGUGGACAGUGUCAAAGGCGGACUUUCCAGCUUCUCCCAGGCCACUCACUCAGCUGCGGGCGCUGUUGUCUCCAAGCCUCGAGAGAUCGCCUCAUUAAUUCGGAACAAGUUUGGCAGUGCGGACAACAUCUCUAAUCUGAAAGACUCUUUAGAGGAAGGGCAGAUAGAGGAUGGGCCUGGGGGGAAGCCCCUGGGAGUGAUUGCCAACUUUCAGUCGAGUCCAAAGUAUGGUAGUGAGGAGGACUGUUCCAGUGCUACCUCGGGCUCGGUGGGAGCCAACAGUACCACUGGGGGAGGCCCUGUGGGAGCAUCAAGCUCCAAAACAAACACUCUGGAGAUGCAGAGCUCAGGGUUUGAUGCAAUACUUCAUGAGAUCCAGGAAAUCCGAGAGACGCAGGCCAGACUAGAGGAAUCCUUUGAAAACCUCAAGGAGCAUUAUCAGAGGGACUAUUCCUUAAUAAUGCAGGCCUUACAGGAGGAGCGAUAUAGAUGUGAGCGAUUAGAGGAGCAGCUAAAUGAUCUGACGGAACUCCAUCAGAAUGAGAUUUUGAAUUUAAAGCAGGAGUUGGCCAGCAUGGAGGAGAAAAUCGCCUAUCAGUCCUAUGAGAGGGCCCGGGACAUCCAGGAGGCGCUGGAGGCGUGCCAGACCCGGAUCUCCAAGAUGGAAUUGCAGCAGCAGCAGCAGCAGGUGGUGCAGCUGGAAGGACUGGAGAAUGCCACGGCCCGCAACCUCCUGGGCAAAUUCAUCAACAUCCUCCUGGCCGUGAUGGCUGUCCUCUUGGUCUUCGUCUCCACCGUGGCCAACUGCGUGGUCCCUCUCAUGAAGACUCGCAGCAGGACGUUCAGCACUUUAUUCCUUGUGGUUUUCAUUGCCUUUCUCUGGAAGCACUGGGACGCCAUCUUUGGCUACGUGGAACGCUUCUUCUCGUCCCCCAGAUGAUGACACGGAGGCAGCUGCUCCCUGACCCUGGCGCGUGCAUGCAGCAAAGAUUUAGACAGCAGCCUGACUACUCUGAAGUUUUAAACGACAAGAAAGAGUCGAGUGAAUCUGUUUACAUUUAGAAUAACGUUUUUUCUCUGAGAGACGCGAUUGCAAUAGUAUUUUUUAGAUUUUAUCCAAGAAGUUUUUUGGGCAAAAAUCCUGGAUCAUUUUUAUGUAGCAUGAUUCUCCUGGGAUGCAAACCUUAAAAAGAUCCUUUAACAUAAACCAACACAAUCCGGAGCACAGCGAUGGGCAUUCUAAAUUCCGGCUCGAACUACUGCACUACAACCUGAUAGAAAGAGGAGUCCACUUCAGCCAGUUAGGCCUAGCCACCUGCCUUGUCUGGGAUUGUCCCAGACCCUCCUUCCCCAGGCUCCCCUUGACUGAGAAAUCCUAGCACAUUCCAUGUCUGAAGUCACUGAUUCAGGCUGGAUCUUCCUUAGCCGCGGAGAACGCAUGGAGGAACACGUGGAUCGGCCCUACUGCGUCCACGCUCACGGCAGCCACUCAUGUGCAUCUCGAAGGGUGGUCAUUUUUAUAUCUGGGCCCUUCCCCUUUUGCAAGGAUAUAGUGUCACGCCCGACAGGAUAACUGCACAGUCCCUACUACAGUAUUUUGAAGUAGCCCUCUAAAUACUUAAUCUUAAGCAAAAGCCCUUGGCCGCACUUUUAAGGUUUUUUUUUUUUUAUAUAUAUGUGUAUAGUCACAGAUUUAAAAAAUAAAAAAAUCCGAACAGCAUACUUGAAGAAUGUAAUACUCAAACUCUCAGUGCUUCCUUAUGGUUUCUAAUAGGAUUUUUUAUUAUUGUUAUUAUUAUUAUUAUUAUAAUUAUUAUUGGGGUUUUUUUGGAAGGGGCUGGGAGGGUGUUUUUUUUCCUCGAAAUAAAGAAGUGAUGUUUUUAAAUGAAGAAAUGUGUGGAUAAUUAAAUGUGCUCUGUCUUGUCUCUAAACAAUUUGAGGAAAGUGAGACCUUGCAAAUGCCGCCCUCUGUUGCCCCAUGCUUAGAGUUGCAAUAUCUUAAAACAUUUUUCCUCUCUCUCCAUCAUUUUUCCCCCCCUCAGUGGAGUUGAUUUAGUUGGGGAAUGAUGGUGACUCUAUGAAUCUCAAACCAGCACUAUCGAAAUAGGGAAUAUUUCCCUUAAAAUUUACUUCAUUUCCUAAGCUGGACUGGGGCAUUCUUUAGGAAAGUCUACAGGAGACUUUAUCAAGAAAUAGAGUCAACCCUAAAUCACUUUAAUUUUUCUUUUUAUUUAUAAAACAAAGCAUCCCCAGCAACUGAAGCCAAAGUGAUCCUUCGUUUCUAGCUGAUGGUAGGCAGAUUGUUUGUCCUUCUGUCCGCUCUGUGGCCCGGGGAGCCUUCUUUUCAAAGCUUUAUUCUAGCUGCCUCCCUGGGGCAACUUGAGAUGAUUCCCUUGAAUGAGAACAAGAAAAUAAGUUGGGUGAUGAAGGCUAUUCCUAAGGCAUGUGUAUGAAUGUUUUGUCAGUGAUCUGCUGUCCUUCACUGGCUUUCCUAACAGAAUUAUUCUCACUCUGGGUUCUGUAGUUUGUGUUGAUUUUUCUUUUUCUUUUUGAAUAUGAAUUCUAUUGUGUGGAGAGAUAUUGAGCCAGCCCCUCUCUCUUUUCUGUAACUAACACCCUCAUGCUAUUGAGUGCAUGCUUCUGACUCUCCACAAAGGGCACAGAGUUUCUGCACCAUUCCCAGUAUCAAACUGUACCUGCUGUUCUCCCCCUGGCUCCAAUUCUGUGCAACCAAAAGAUAGAAUGCCGCGCACUAGGAAUGGGAAGCCAGGCUUUAAUUAUUUUCUUCAUUCCAAAAAAUUAUUCCUGAACGAGAUUAUCAUUGCCCCUUUUGCUGGGAAGGCAGGGUUUAGGGUUCCCGUGGCUGCCCCGGCCUUGCUUAGCUUUAACCAGCUAGUCCUUCCAACCCUGUAACCCCUGUGUGCCUCCUCCAAGAAAUUCAGCAUAUCACCUCUGUAAUCACAAAACUCAGGUACUCCUGCUCUUCCCCUGCCUAUCUCCAAAGGGCAGCCUGUCUGCUGCUUGAAUUGCCCUCACGAACUUGUUCUUCCCUUUCCCUUUCCCCAAACUAGGAGAAGCUGCAAUGAUUCAUUUUUUUUUUUUAAGAAAGAGUAAAAGGAGAUGUAUUCCAUCCAAGUUCAUAUUGAAAUGAAAUCAUUCCUGUUUUCCACUGCAUUACAGAUGAAUUCUGAAUACUUGGAAGUCUUGUUUUGCCUAAAAACAUAACUAUUGCUAAAAAAACAAAAACAAAAAACUGGAGUGCCGUAGAAUGUAAUGCCCUUAUGUAGCUGAAAUAGUUUCCUCCACUGUUAUGCAUUUCUCCAUGAUCCAUUUUAAUACGUUUUCUAAAAACAGGGAAGAGACCUCUACGAUAUGAAAUACACGCUACAAACAUCAUCUUUCUUAAGCCCAGUCUCUUUGCCACUUGUUAAGCCAGUACGUCUCUUAAGUUGUGUGGAAACUAUUAACUGUAGUGCACACUGGAAACUCUGGGGAGCAGCCUGUGCACCCCAGGGGCUUCCCCCCCAUUUGCCUCAGGUCUGUGUUCGGUGCCUCACUCCUUUGUUCUCUGUUCUCUUCUCCACUCUCAACUUGGCCCUUACUAAAAUACCCUGGUCAUUGAGCCCUGAGCCCCAGGCCAGACAGGGAUAGAAAGUUCUCCAUCUUCCUCUUUCCAACAGAAACGCUCAUUCUAGUUAAGAUGAGACAAUUAUGUCCCCCUUGAACAACCCUGGUCCUUUUCCUUUCCCAAAUGUCAGCAUUUCCCCCACUUUUUCCCCGUGUUCCUAACCCUGCUGCCUUUUCUUCUGACUCGAUUACUUCCCCUGCACUAAGGUGGUUUCGAGAUGUUCCCCUUUCCUGGAAUCUCUUCUGUCACCUCAUCCUAAUGGUCUAACAAUUGUUAUCUUGUGGGAAACUUGACUCUAGCUCCUUUCCUUGUAAAGGCUACGUUUGUUCUCUUUGAAGGAAGGAUUCCUGGAUUGCUCGCAUGAGUUGGUGCCUACCCUGGUGUGUGUGUGACUGGCUGUGUCCUGGGACGGGGACCGCUUUCAGGUUGUAGGAUGAUUUCCUGACAUUUCACUUUGUUUCUGUUAAACCUAAGGCACUUCUUUCCGACUAGACCUCAGGGUGGGGUGUUGAGCACGUUCCAGAAUCUCAAACUGGGGAGCCGAGGUGAGCCACGCUCCGUCUGGAAGGAUUAGGGCUCCUUCUCACCCCAUGCCCCAAACUGAGAGACAAUCCGAAGUUCGAGAAGACGGUUUGAAGGAAUCUUCUUGCUGAUCUCUCGAUGUCGAACCCAGUUCCGUCGGGCUCAUCCUCUCGGUGUUUGGUUUCCUUGCCAGUCUUGCGUGUCUGUAGGGUACAGUUUGAUGAAAUGCUGAAUUCUGUUUGUUGUUGCACUGGGUCCUAAAAGGAACUGCCUCCCAGUUUGGAAAAAAAUAUGCAUUCAAUAACCAAAUCAAAUAUGAUUGUGAUGAAACAAGCCAAGGUUGAUAGAGCUGUGGUUGCCCCUUCUACCUAAUGGAACUCGGAUUUCUGAAUGUGACUCUAGCGAGUUAAAAUAUGUCUGUCUGCGUGUUGUGUAUGCCGGGUGGUACCGUAGUAGGCAUUGACUAGACUGUAAGUGUGUUUUUUCCAUUUGUAAAAGAAUAAAAACUCACUUGCACGGGUUGAAAAGUUCAGAAAUGACACUUGUGAACGUAACACUGUAGUUGCUAGAUCUUAAGCUGCUAAUUGUUGAGAGAGAUUUACAUUUAUGUUUUGUCUGAUUGCUGCAGGUUUCUUGGCAGCACUUUUACUGUAUAUAAAAAUUUAAAUAAAGACCUCAACUAUUAACA